AUGGAUGUUCUUUCCAGUAGGAUAGCGAAAGUAAAGGUGUUACAUGUCCAGCUCACUAAUUCCAACUUGCAAAUCGAUGAACUCAAAUAUGAGAAGGCAGUCAUGAAAAGUUGCAUUGCUGAUGCGAACUGUUAUCUGUCCAAUCUUAUUGAGAUGCAUGAUUCUCUUCUCAUGGUCAACGUAAGACAACAUCUGGCUAAGAAGCUUAAGCCAGUUUUGGCAAUGCUUAACAGGUUAGAAGGUGCUUCGGAAUCAAUCUCACUUUCGAAAGAAGGGUUCAUCAAAGUUAUGAAUGUGAUGCUGACUGACAAUGGUGCUGAUCAUUUGCUCUUAUCGUUAUACUUAAAGCAUAUGAGGCCUCAAUAUGAAACCUAG